CACAUCGGAGGUGACCUGAACCUGGCCAUCCCCUCGUGGGGAAUCCUCGACAUUUACGGUCGUUUCUUCAACCGUAUCCACGAUACGACAACCAAGUUUGGAUACCUCAACCAUCCGGUCAAUAUGAUGGAUUUGGAAAAGGAGGAUUUUGUGGAGUUGAUGAGCAACCCGAGCUCACACUGGAAUCGAGCUUCUCCCCCAAUUGAACGUGUCAUCCAAGAGGCUUGCCGUCGCUACGGUGAAUUUACGGAAUUUGGCAUGGACUCGUUCCUGAGUGUCGGGCAGCCCGCGGAAGACACCGCGGGUCCUGACGAAUUCGAUCCGCCGUGCGGCAGCAACCAUCACAACCGUCUCUACGGAAUGCUCGACAUCAAGAACGAGCUUCCCGAAAAAGACGAUCUCGUUGUUUUGGAUGACGACGAGCCACCGUUGGCCCCCAGCGCGUCCCUCGAGCAAUUCCUUGCCCAAAACACCGAAAUACCGCCCGCCACCGUGACGGUCACUUCAACAAUUUCCGCUCCAGUCCACACAACGCCCUCUCAAGCGAGCAAGCCGGUGCCAAGAUUUGUGCCGCGGGAUGGGGACAUGAGAAGCAUUGUGGAUCGGAUACAGGACUUGGAGAAUCAUACUUUGAGGCUGGAGGCGAAGCUCGACUUGCUGAUUCAGCAUCUUCUCCCCGGCGUUCCGAUCCCUGGAAACGAGCAGGGA